AUGGAUUCCAACACAGCCAAGAACAAUCUCACUCGCAUCCGCGACAACCAGCGCCGCUCGCGCGCCCGGCGGAAAGAGUACCUGCAAGAACUAGAGACCAAGUACCGGAACUGCGAGCAGAUUGGUGCUGAGGCGUCUGCGGAACUACAGACAGCUGCUCGGCGCGUCUUGGAAGAGAACAAGCGGCUACGCGCGCUGCUGCGACAGAAGGGCGUUUCCGAGGACGAGAUCGAUACGUUCACGGAAGAUGGAUUGGACAACCCUCAGUGUCCGCCGGUGGGGGUGUCGCUAGACUUGAUGCUGGGAAGGAGGAGGCCAUGUCCGGCAGACGCAAGAUGCGGGACAGAAGUCCCGAAUCCAUCACCCAAUCCUACGCUGCCGGUGCCGCCAGUGCCUGCGGUGUCACAACAUCAAGCGCGUAUGGCGUGUUCCGCUAUUGAGCCUCGACCGGUCCCGUUGCUGCACCAUACAAGUUCCUCGUCGAUUGAGUCGAGCUCUGUAGCAACACCAGCACCAGACACUUCAUAUACAUCAGUCGUUGGCAGUUACCCCUUACCACCGACAACUGCGAACCUUGCUUACACUGUGGACACGUACCAUCCCGCAGGCCAUCACUAUGGUGCGCCGAUGGAUAGCCUCUGGCCCGCAGUCUCUGACGUUCCCGUUCCGGUCACCCCAGACGUGGACUACGGCAGCACCUCUUCCUGCGUCUACGCCGCAAACAUUAUCCGGAGCAUGAGAUCGGACGUUGGCAUCGAGCUUGAAGCUGAUCUUGGGUGCAAUCCUGCUGGCACGGAUUGCGAGGUCAACAAUGUCACAGUAUUCGACGUGAUGGACAAGUACUCCGCGCAACGAAUGUCAUUGUGA